CACACUUCCAACAUCCAUCCAUAAUAACCGUUCACUUUGCUUAAAGACGAUUCCAAGAUCCGACAUACCCCCUUUAUGUCUCACAGCCAACUCCUGACCCCCUUAACCCCUUAACCCCUGACUGAACCCCUAUUCACGGGACCCACUUUCUGUUGACAUCCCCACUUUCAACACCAUGGCAACCCAAAACAAUCCCAACUUUCAGGCCAUCAAAGAUGCAAUCACGGAAUCCAUCCGGAAAGACGGCUUACCCACCGACCUCCUCGCCCUCGUCCGCUCCAAAACCCGCUCCCCCGAAGCCUACCUCGCCUGGACCCAAAACAACCUCCUUCAAAAGAUCAAUUCCCCACCAGCUAAACUGCCCGCCGCUGAUGCCUUGACAAAGAUCCAGUCCCUGCCAGCCAACUUCACCAACCUCCAAGCCAUCAUGGCCUUCACCGAUGCCCUGAACAAUAACUCAGUCCCUAUCCCCUUAUUCCAGUCAACAACAACUCAAUACCUCGUCGUGGUCAAAGCAGGCGCUUUAUCCCUCUCCGUACCCCCCAUCAUUGUCAGUUCCCUGCACCAAACCGAUGUAGAAGUAGACAACAGAACCAAAGUCCAUCCAUUCUUUUGCUCCUUGACCCAUCCCUCGUCUACCACUCUCCCAAAGUACGUCUACCCUGUUGGGCAACUAUACCACAAACCGUCCACGGGAGAUGAAUUAGCCGAGACGAACUACGCUGUGGUGAUUGAUGUUCUCGGUCAGGAUCAUGGGAUUUGGUUGGUUUGGAACAGGAGGGGCUUUAGUGCCGAGGCUGAUGACGAGGUGGUUACUGAUCCCGCGAAGGAAAAGUCUUUGUUUAUUGGGCUAGAUGCGACUAAGAACUUUGAGGCUGUUCAGGUUGCGGGAAAGCUUUCUGAGUGGAAAUUGGGGGCUGACAGGGCGAGUUUUGAAGGGAACGCAAGGAGGGCAAAGGUGGAAGGGGAGAUCGUGGUUGGUGUGGCUAAGGUGGAGGAGUUGGGGAGAGUGUUACCUGGGGCUGGGGUGGUUGAUUGGGGUCUGGAGGGCCGAGGCCGGAAGCGUAGGGGAUAUUAA